AUGAAGAAUACCCUAUUACUACUGCUGGCGGCGCAAUGUUCGCUGGUGGUUUGCCACCCGUACGAUGCCGCUGCUACAGCUAUAAUAGCUUUGCCUGAAUCGCAGGUCACGGCUUCCAUUCAAUCAUUGACACUCGAUGACAACGAGGCCAGAAAAUUUAAGAUCGGGAAAUACUGGGAACGAGAUGUGGUAGUGGCACGAGCGACAGAAUCAACUUCAAGUACAACGACCAGCUCGACUAGUACAACUUCCUCGACUAGUACAACUUCCACGACUAGUACAACUUCUUCGACGACUAGUACCUCCACUACCUCAACCACAUCUUCCACUUCUACUACUUCUUCUACUACAUCAACUGUCUCAUCUACUACCUCGUCGUCUACUACUGCUACUACCUCUUCUUCUUCAACUUUCACUAGCUCUACGACGACAACAAAUACCGCCACCACGACAACAUCCACAUCAUCUGCGACAAGCACUGAAACUGAGAGUGCUGAGUUGAAAGAAUGGAACCACAGAGGCAACAUAGCAGCAAUCGUUAUAGGAUGCUGCGUUAUCAUGUUGUUUGUAGGAGUUGGCUUGCUGUACUGCUACCGAGAUCGAGCCAAGGCGAAGCGUAUCGCAGCAAGAAAGCUUAGCGAGCAAUCAGAAAUCAUGAAGCAGCCAAUUGAGGACCCUUCAAUGAAAGGUUCAGAUACCUAUCUCCUAGCCGACCGCCAACUACCCAGAGCGGAAAGCCCAUUGUUGAAUGCAGACUACAACAACCCUUCUCACCAGAGCAUUCCAGGAGUCAGAGGCCAUUCCUCGCCUUCUGAUGUUACUGACCACGAGAAUUGGCAUCAAUGA